UGAUUUUGCAUUUCUGGGCGACAGAACUGCAUGUUCACAAUACAGUUCUCUCCUCUGUCAGCCCCAGCACACUGCUUUGUAUGGCUCUGCAUAGCAGGGCCAUACAAAGCCGAAUUCUUACAGUGGAAAGCACAGACACAACCUCAUAUUAAAAAACACACACAGCACACAGUUACCCUUUGAUUGCCCCAGAUGUUAACCCCUUCCUGCCCAGUGCCAUUCAUACAGUGUCGGUGGUUUUUAUUAGCACUGAUCACUGUAUUGGUGUCACUGGGGAUUUCAGUUCCCCCCGUGUAAGAAUGCCCGCCGCAGUCCCGCUAUAAGUCACCAAUCACCGCUAUUA